AUGGCGACAAACAGCAAUGAAAUCGACAAUAACUUUCUUACAUUGUCACUAUCUUUUCCUCCUCCUCCCGUCGUAGCACCGCCACCUCCACCGCCACCACCACCAUCUUCUCGCCGUCCACGUAAGCGAAAGCGCACAUUGAAAAGCGAAACGAUUCCACCGCCUUAUCCAUGGGCGACUAAUCAUCGAGCAAAGGUUCACAGUCUUAACAUGCUACGAUUGAAUCAGAUAUCAACGAUAACCGGUGAAGUUCAAUGCAGAAGAUGUGAUAGGAAAUACGAAAUAGGAUUCGAUUUGUGUGAUAAGUUUGCACAAAUUGGAAGCUUUAUUUUGGCAAAUAAAGAGUUGAUGCAUCAACGUGCACCGAGUAUUUGGAUGAAUCCGAUUUAUCUGAAUUGCAAAUUUUGUGAACAAGAGAAUAGUGUGAAACCGAUUAUUGCAUCGAAGAAGAAAUCGAUUAAUUGGGUUUUUUUACUAUUGGGUCAGUUUAUUGGAUGUUGUACGCUUGAUCAGCUCAAGUAUUUCUGCAAACAUAACGAGAUCCACAGGACGGGUGCUAAGGAUCGUGUUCUUUAUCAAACGUAUUUGAGUCUUUGCAGACAGCUUGAUAAUACUGGCCCGUUUUAUUACUAA